CUCAGAUCAUUGUCAGUCACUAUUCAUUCAAGAGUUUGCGACGGAACAGUCACAGACUUUUAGGAAGGAUAUCUUCGGUUUAAGCAUACACGACAAUCGUUAAUUUUAGCCUUCGUUUACGCAUUUGAGUUAUUCUUUCAAAUUUAAAUAACUUAUUGCGUUCACACUACUUGUUACAGUUUUAUACUUUUUUUUUAUCAAUUAUUGUUACCUAAAGUGAUAAUACAAGUGGUGCAGAUAGACUGCCGUUUCUUCUUAAAUUUUAAUUUGUGUCGGUGGUUAUUACAUCAUUACAAAACUGGCGAAAGAACAGAAAACACUCAUGAAUUCUGCUCAUAAUCGAAAGGCGCAUAGUCAUAGUCGAAAAAUGCAGCCAGCACCAAGUCGAAUAUUGUAUGACAUACCAUGCAAAGUGUGUCGCGACCAUUCAUCGGGUAAACAUUACGGUAUAUUUGCCUGCGAUGGAUGCGCUGGAUUUUUCAAACGUUCUAUACGACGAAACCGUCAGUACGUUUGUAAAGCUAAAUCUACGGGUGGUUGUAUGGUUGAUAAAACUCACCGCAAUCAAUGUAGAGCUUGUCGGCUCAAGAAGUGCAUUCAUGCUGGCAUGAACAAAGAAGCUGUGCAACAUGAGCGAGGACCACGCAAUUCGACACUACGUAGACAGAUGUCAAUGUUCUUCAAAGAACCUGGGAAAGAUAUCAACUUGACUGCUACUAUGAUCUCACCACCACCGGUUGCUGUAUUGAAUUUGGCAUUACCCAAAAAUUCUGAUCAGCAUCGGACAGCAAUUGCAGGUCAAUAUGGUUCUCAGAUGCACGCCCAACUUUACUGUGGAAGUAUAACCAUGCCACAAGCGGACCAUUAUCCGGCUUUUCCUCCUGUCACUAUACCGGUAAUACCGUCUACCCAAAUGGUAGUACUGUAUUCUUCAGAUGCAACAUGUGAACACGCGGCACGUGUAUUGUUCCUCAAUGUACGAUGGACUAAAGAUCUGGCAAUAACCACGGGCCUUACAAUGGACGACCAAUUAAUCUUGCUCGAGGCUUCCUGGAGAGACCUGUUUCUUCUCGCAGUAGCUCAGAUGUCACCGACACUGGAUCCAACUGCCCUGUUAUCAGAAGAACUCCGAAACACCCCUUUAGCGUUAGAAGUUCUUCGUUUUCGUGAAGUAUUGAAUGCAAUCAACUCCGUUGGUAUGAACGCCCACGAAUUUGCAUGUGUACGAGCAAUAGUAUAUUUUUCGUCCAUCCUCGAAGACCUCAAAGUACAUCCAAGUAGCCGUAACAGUGAUGGUUCAAUGUCACCACCAGGAACAUCAAAUAUGGCACCUGGCUACCAUGCACGUGAUCCGGAAACUAUUGCACGGCUACGCGACGGUGCAUAUCUAGCACUUGGGCAAAUAUUACACCAUGCAUCUUUCGGCGCAUUGAGAUUCGGCAGAAUAUUAAUGGUAUUGCCAUUUUUAAAAUCUGUAUCAAGUGGUGUGAUUGAAGAAUUAUUUUUCCGUCGGACUAUUGGAGUGAUUCCUAUUGAGCGCAUCAUAUGUGACGUAUAUAAAUCACAAUAAUUUUAAUUAUGAUACUACACGGAGAAGUUAUUCUAGUUUAUGGUCCGGUACAACUAUGACACCAUAGCAUUUAAAACGAUAAUUUCUCCGUGUAGAAGAACCGAGAUUCGGAAUUUUUUUUUCUGUAAUUUUUUUUUUUCCGUGAAAAAUUAAUUUUUUUAUUAAAAAAUGAAAAAAAUUUCGGUUCUCUAGUGGUUUUACUGUCAGAUAAUAAUUACACGGAGAAAUUGUUCUCCUUUGAAAUACUAUGGUGUCAUAGUAGAGCCGGACUAUGUUGGCCACUUGACGGAAAUUGAACUGAACACACGCGACAAUUACUAUGGCCAUGGUAAAAUCGACAGUGGUUACAAUAAUUUGGGAUAUAAUCGUGGUCUAUUUUACUAUGGCCAUAGUAAUUUCCGCGUGUGUUUAUUUAAAAUUAUGCAGGUGGCCGACAUGGUCCGGCUGUACUUUGACACCGUAGCAUUCAAACAAGAAUAAUUUUUCCGGGCACAUACAAUUUAAUUUAAUAUUAUUAUUAACAGUAUUAGUAUUAAAAUUAAAUUGUAUUCAUUAUUAUUUUAAUUUAACGUACGUCAUUACAUACGCGGAAAAAUAGUCUGAUUAGUUUAAAAAAUUGUUAAAUAUAAGGCUAUUAUUAAACGAGAAAUAUAGAAGAAAAAUGUAUAGAUUACAUGCAUGUACAUAAUAACUGUAAAUAUUUGUUGAUGAUAAUUGAUAAAUCAAUUUUAGAGGUUUAAAUAACUGUGAUGUUUACAUAUCACUAGUUUAUAUAUAAGAAUAUGUGGCUUUUGUUUCGAUAUGUUAUACAAAGUUAUCGAUAUUUUUAACUAUGAUAAAUUAUUUAUAUAAUUUUAAAGGCUUGAGCAAUAAACUAAAUGGCUAUAGGUUUAAAUACUAGGUAACUUUUACAUUACAUUUACGGAUUGACUAUUUGUAAAUAUUAUUCACGGUGAUUACCAAUUGUUUAAUCGUAUCUUUAUCGGCUAAAAAAUGUUUUUUGUAAAAAUUUUUUUUUAAUCAAAAUUUUAUGAUUUAUGUCAAUAUUAAGUUCCAAUAGACUUGAGCGCAAUUCAAUUUUAUGUGAAGAUUUUUUAAAUUUUUUUAUCAGAAUAUUAAUAUCGGGAGGACGUUCAGAGUUAAAAACAAUUUUUUAAAUUCUGAAGAGUAAAUUUCGUUUGAAAAAAUAAUUAAAAAUUUUUUUUCAAAUCGUAAGACGAAUUAUUAGUAUUUAGUUUUAUAAAUUUUGACAUUUUGAAAAAUGAAAAUUACAAUAAACUGAUAGUUAUAAAUUUAUAUUGUCAAAGUCGCGACUUUUUAGAAUGUUGUAGACACUUUCAAGCUCUUGACUCACGCUAAUACAAUUCUUUGUUACAAUUUCUACACGACAUAUUUAAAAUUAAUGACCCAGUAUCUUACCAGCGAACUAGUACACGAUCACUCCACAUAUUUGUAUAUCUAUAUUUACUAAAUUGUAAUAAAUAUAUAAUAUAUACAAAUACAUGGGUGAUCAGGUACUAGUUCCCUGAUCGAGUACUGGGUCUCUUACUUUACGCAGAAAAAAAGUAUUUCUAUGCGCAAAAAAUUUUUACUCGCCUCAAAAAAAAUUUUGGGGGUGAGAAACAAAUUUUUUGAGCCGAAAAAAAAAAGUUGUGGGGCAAGAAAAAAUUUCUAAUUUUAAAAAAGUUUCGUUUUUCAUUUCAAUGAAAAAUUUUUCUUGUACCAAAAAAUACCUUUUUUCUGUGUAUAAUUUAUAACUUUUGCUGUCAGUAUUUAAUUACGUAAAAAAAUUCAUCAGUUCUCAAAAGUGUUUCGGUUUUUUUAAUUAUCUUUACUUAAUUUUAAAUAAUUUUUUUUAUCUACUUAUUUUUAAUAGAAAUAAUUGAAUCUUGUAACAAAGAAUUGUGUUCAGUCAAGAGCUCGAAAGAAUCUAUGACUUUGCGAUUUUGACAAUAUACUUAUUUCUACUUAUUUUUUAUCUUUCCUUAAAAAAAUUAUUAAUUCAUCAGUUAUUUUAAAUUUGUAAACUUCAAUUAUAAAAAUUCUCAAGAGUAAUUUCCUACAGUAAAAAAGAUUUAAAACAAUACUUUUUAAUUCUGAUCGUCGUCGCUCGUAAUGAUUCUCUUGAUGUUAUGUUCUGAUAAAUAAAAUUUUUGAUAAACUUUGUAAUAAAUGAAAAAAAAUUUUCUUCACUCGCGAUGAAAUAGAGUGGGCUUGGAACAAAUCAUAAAAUUUUGAGCAAAAAAAAAAUUUUUUAAGAAACAAUAUCACCAACUAAAUAAAAAAUAUAUAUGGAUAUUUAUGAACGAUUAAAUGUAUGUGUAAAACUCAUUAUCACGAGUUUACUUGUAAUGAUAUAUUGUAAAAAAAAAUUACUUUUAAACGAUUGUGAAUAAAAUUCGACAAUGACCAUGAAACUCUUGACUUAUUAUU